UAUCCUCUAUAAAUUCCCAAAUAACUCUUUUCCUGUCACAUACGACCACAGACUGAAGAAAAUAGGGCAUCCCGUCCGCUCUGCCAUACUCAAGCUUCAGAUCGGCAGAUUAGUAGUUGGGUGGGUGACCACCAGCGAAUACCUGCUGUUGUAUGUUUUUUCUUUUUCGC